CAUAUAUGCAGUAUGUACCUUUCUCAAUCAGACUGCUCACUUUAUAUAGGGCUUCUUUCCAUCAAUUCAUGCAAAUUGGACAAUUAAUAUUUUAAUUUAUGAAUUUCUACUAAAAUGGACCAUCGGAAAGAUAUCUUAUUUGAUCCUUGUGUAUGCAUUAUGGUGUGAUUGUCUGUUAGCCUUCAAAAAGAGAAAUAUUUUGGUUGAAUGCAAUUGUUUUAACUAAGUGUGAAUUGGACUUCACAAAUACGAUUUAUCCAAACAGACCGACAUCUGUCAGUUGGGCAUAGACCAGCGCAAAGUGAAUGUACUUGCAAGAGAGUACUGUGAUGACAGAAAAAGAAAAAAAAGCCCGUAAUACUAUCCCACCGUAAGCAUUCUCUAGACUUUUAACUCUAUAUACCAGAUGACAUUUUUCUUCAAUUAAUAUUCACUGUUAUUUCCUUUUUACUUUUGCAUGCAGAUAUGCUCCCUGGUUUGCAGGAAGGUCAAGAAAGGAUGUCAAAGAGUGAUCCAUCAUCUUCCAUAUACAUAGAGGAUGAAGAGGCUGAAGUGAAUGUGAAGAUAAAGAAAGCAUUCUGCCCUCCGAAGGUGGUAGAAAAGAAUCCAUGCCUUGAGUACAUCAAGUAUAUUAUUUUCCCAUGGUUUAAUGAGCUCAAGGUUGAGCGAUAUGCGGAUAAUGGUGGUGAUAAGUACUCUUAUUUAUAUUGGUCUUGAGAAAUAUUGUUCAUUACCUCUGUUUUAUUUAUGUAGGUGUAUUUGACCUGUAUAAUUCUGGUUGUUUGAAAUAUUUUCCAUUUUGUAGGUGUACUUGCACUAUUAUCAUUUUAAAUAAUUUUCUUUGCCAUGAUAUACUACCAUGUGUUGGGCACACUACUUUUUGAAUGGAAUUCUAUAAUAUUCUGUGUGUUUUAUAUUUGCUAUUUCUUAUCUCAGGGCCUUUAAGAGUUUUGAGGAACUAUCAUCUGAUUAUGAAAGUGGGGAAUUGCAUCCUGGGGGACCUCAAACCAGCUCUAGCAAAAGCACUUAACCAGAUACUACAGCCUGUAAGAGAUCAUUUCAAGAAUGAUCCGAAGGCUAAAGAGCUAGUAAAACGUGUCAAGAGCUACAAGGUAACCAGGUGAUAUGGACUGCAAUCGAACAAGAUGAUAUAUGAAGAGCGCUCUUUGAAAGAUGCUACUUCAUUGCAUCCUUUUAUUGAAGAAACGAUUUGUUUUAUAUCGUUUGGUUAUUUCGUGAAUUUUGUUAGUCAAUAAAUUCAUAUAGUUUCAUGUCAGUUGAGUUC